AUGGAGGCGGCUUUGGUGAGCGCGGCGACGGGGGUCCUCAAACCUGUCUUGGCGAAGCUGGCCACUCUGCUCGGCGACGAGUACAAGCGUUUCAAGGGAGUGCGCAAGGAGAUCAGGUUCCUCAUGGAUGAACUUGACGCCAUGCACGCCUUUCUCCUCAAAAUGUCAGAGGACGAGGACCCUGAUUUGCAAGAUAAAGUUUGGGCAGCGGCGGUGAGGGAGCUCUCCUACGAUAUGGAGGACACCAUAGACGACUUCAUGCAAAACGUCGAUGACAAAGACGCCAAGCCAGAUGGCUUCAUUGAGAAGAUCAAGCACUCGCUAGGGAAGUUGGGGAAGAUGAAGACUCGCCAUCGGAUUGGUAGCGAGAUCCACGAUAUGAAGAAGCUAGUCAUUGAGGUGGCCGAUAGGAAUGCAAGGUAUAGGACUGGUGUGACUAUCUCCAACUCCAAGAAUGCGGCCGUUGACCCUCGAGCUCUUGCUAUCUUUGAGCAUGCCUCUAAGCUUGUGGGAAUUGACGAGCCCAAGGCUGAGAUAAUCAAAUUGUUGACUGAAGGCGCGUCAACAGAUGAGCAACCGAAGCUGGUCUCCAUCGUAGGAUCUGGAGGAAUGGGCAAGACAACUCUUGCAAACCAAGUGUAUCAAGACCUCAAAGAGAAAUUCGAGUGCAAGGCUUUCGUAUCGGUGUCACGAAAUCCUGACAUGACGAGUAUCUUGAGAACCAUUCUUGAUCAAGUUAGACAAGGUUGUACUAACACUGAAGCAGGGAGCAUACAACAACUGAUAAGCAAGAUUAAUGAUUGCCUAGCAAAUAAAAGGUAUUUCGUUGUCAUUGAUGAUAUAUGGGAUGAGGAUGCAUGGAAUGCUAUUAAGUUUGCAUUCCCCAUGAGUAGUCCUGGAAGUAUCAUAAUCACCACUACUCGGAUAAAUGAUGUUGCCAAAUCAUGUUGUUCACCAUUCGAUGGUGACAUUUAUAGUAUCAGACCUCUUAAUCCGGUGCAUUCAAAAGAACUAUUUCACCGAAGACUAUUCGACUCCAAAGAACAAUUCCCUUCACACCUUGCAAAAGUUUCUGAUGAAAUUUUGAAAAAAUGUGAUGGCUUACCUCUGGCAAUCAUUGCUAUAUCUGGCCUGUUGGCUAACAAAGAGAGAACAGAGGAUCUAUGGAAUCAGGUGAAAGAUUCAAUUGGCCAUGCACUCGAAAGAAAUCCUACUGUUAAAGGGAUGAUGAAGAUAUUGUCACUGAGCUACUUUGAUCUGCCUCCUCGUCUAAAAAGUUGCCUCUUGUAUAUGAGUAUAUUUUCGGAAGAUUCUAUUGUCAAGAGGCGGUGUUUGAUAGGGAGAUGGAUUGGUGAAGGAUUCAUUCAAAACGAAGACAGAUAUACAGCACAUGAUAUAGGGGAAAGGUGUUUUAAUGACCUCCUCAAUAGGGGUUUGAUCCAACCCGCGAAGAUAAAUGAAUAUGGUCAGGUGAAGAGUUGUCGAGUUCAUGACACAAUUCUUGAUUUCACCAUAUCCAAGUCGAUGGAAGAGAACUUUGUUACUUUACUUGGUGUUCCCAUUCUGAAGAUUGCGACACAAAACAAAGUAAUUCGUCGACUCUCUAUGCAAAGCGUCAAGCAGGCAGAUCGAUACGGACCAACAACAGAGUUUCAGAAAAAGAAAGUAGCAACAACAGAUCUAGUAUUGUCUCAUGCCCGAUCACUUCAUGUGUUUGGAGAUUCCAUGGAAAUCCCUUCUUUGGAGGAGUUUAGACAUCUGCGUGUUCUCGAUUUGAGAUAUCAACCAUUGGAAGACCAUCAGCUUGAAAAUGUAAUGAAGUUGUUCCAGCUGAGAUACCUGAACCUCCAAGAGACAGGAAUAGGUAAACUCCCAGAAGAAAUCGGACGAUUAGGGUGCUUAGAGAUGCUGAACCUAAGAAAUAAUGCCAUGGAGGAGUUACCUGCAUCAAUUGUUAAUCUCAGAAAAUUGACGCAUCUACUUGUUGACUUUGAUGUUAAAUUUCCUGAUGGGAUUGCAAAGAUGCAAGCACUGGAGACACUAAAACAUGUCAGUAUCUACAAGCAGCCACUCGACUUCCAAUGGGGCCUUGGACAGCUAAAGAACUUGAGGAACUUGAGGCUAUUUGGCCACGUUGAGUUUGGCACUGAGGUCAUGGAGGAGUGUCACAAAGCCAUCCUCUCUUCCCUGCAUAAACUAGGAACCCAGAACCUUCGCUCUCUGAUUAUUAGCGAUGACUGUUACAACAUGUGCCUCUUACAGGAACCUUUGAGCCUCGAAAAACUUAUUGAGUGCUCUUUGGAAGUCCCGCAGGUUCCGACAUGGGUGAGCUCCCUCAGAAACGUCCAACAGCUAUGCCUUCAUGUGGAGAGAGUCGAGCAGAAUGAUCUCUGCAUCCUUGGAGCAUUACCCACUCUGCUCAUUCUGCAUUUGUCAGAAGAAGAAGAUUCAAAGGAAAAGCUCACAGUCGGUGGUGCGGUUGGGUUCCAAUUCUUGCGGAUUUUUAUUUAUAUUGCAAGUUCUCACCCAGUAGAUCUGAAGUUUGUGGCAGGAUUCAUGCCCAAGCUAGAGACACUUGUGCUUAUGUCUUUGCGUGUACUUGAAGGCGACUCUCUGGACUUUGGAAUCAUCAAGAACCUCCCCUGUCUCAGUACUAUCAAAUGGGUAGUAGAGGGGGACAAUGACAUUGUUGAAGCUGCAAACACUGCCAUGGAGAGAGCAGCCUGCGCACAUCCCAACCACCCUACUGUACUCUUCACAGUUGAUAGACUUCCCAGAGAUGUCUGCUCUGGAAGGAUUUACCGAACAAGCCAAAAACCAGGAACGAGGGAGUAG